AUGUGUUCAAGAAUGCCUCUUGUAAAAAUUUGUCGACUUCCAUUUAAUUACGAUGGUAGCAAUAUCAAUCAAAAAGAAAACUUUUCAUUAGGAUAUCAAAUGACUUUACCAAAAUUAUUAAAUACAAAUCAUCUUCGUACAUUGACUGUUGUUAAAUCGUUGGACAUCUACGAUACAGCUUGGACAUUACAAAAUGCUGAACGUUUUUGCACAUUAUUGUCGAAUCGAUUUUCUAACUUGAAGACACUUUCAAUUACUAUUUGUGAUUCAUAUGAUCGAUGGAAAUGGAGACCAUCUCAUAUUAUUGACGGAAAAAACAAAUCAACAAAACGUAUUCUUAGUAUUAUUUAUUUACUUGUUGAUCGUUUAACUCAACUUGUUUCGCUUUAUAUCUAUUUUUUCAAUGAGGCUUUCUCUGAUACACCUUGUUUUCCAUAUUUAAUCCGACGACAAUUAUAUCAAUAUCCACUUAGUCGACCUUAUCGAUUACGAUGUUCUUCCAAUAUAAUUCAAGUCUGGCUUUAA